AUGGGCGGCAUCCCGUGGAAAUCUGCAGGCUGCCAGACGUGCAAAACGCGGAAAAUAAAGUGCGACCUCACCCGGCCAGAAUGCACCAGGUGUAUCAAACGGGGCCUGUCUUGCCCCGGGUACGAGAAAACGCUAGUCUUUGUCCACCAGACGGCGGUUUCCCGCCAGGAGACGGGGCAUGCCAUCCGAGACCGCUCCACGGGCCGAAGUCAUGCGGUAGCCAUGUCGCGACCGGUCAGAGCUGGCCCAGAGAUCCGCACGCAGCUGUUCUCAUUAUUUCUCGGUGGAUAUUUCCCACUCGACAGAAAUGCGCCGGCGAACGUAGAUCAAACGCACUGGCUCUUCUUGAACUCGUCCGUCCUUCUCGAGAAGACAGGCGGGAAUCCCGACAGGUUUGGCAUCUCGGAGAGUGCCCUGGCCGCGCUGUCCUGUACGUAUCUCGGCAGACACAAUCGGGACGAUCGGAUGGCUCGCUAUGGGGUCCAGCUCUAUAAAAAUACGCUGCAGCUUCUAUCGCGCGUGUCCCAUCAAAGCAUACCCAUUCACGAUCUUGUAUGCGCAGGGUUUAUUCUGAAAAUUCUUGAGAGUCAUUAUUUCCCUCACGGGUUCGACGUCUGGGCCUCGGAUUUCCAAACGCACAAUGCAUUCCUACAGCAGAGCCUAGUGAAGGACCCGAACAAUCCUUUGAUGGUCGUGAUCUCGAAUCAAAUGAGGAAAGGAAUUAUCUUCGCGACAACUGUCAUGCGAGCUCCUAAAGAUGAGCUACAAUACUUGAUACAUCUCGGUCACCACAAACCAUUUGAUGAACUGUUUGAACUCUUUGUGAAUCUUUCCGGACUGGUAGCUUCAGUGGAAGAGACCGAUCACUCGGACCACGAGGUCUGUCAGACUCUCCUCCAAGACUGCUAUUCGCAAAAAGAAAGCAUCAUGGCUUGGUACUCCAGCCAUAAGGAAGCUAUCGGAGGGCAGCCAUAUGUUAAUGCCGAAUUGAAAUGCCACCAUUUACCUCCAUCGACACACUUGUUCGGCAUCCCGUACGGCUUUAACUCACUUGACUGUGCCAGAUUUCACAUGUUCUUUUGGAUGGCGUUGAUAAUUGUGCAGUCGCUGAUCUACCAAGCUAAUAUUCUUGUUCUUUCUCACACCCAUGGCACUUUUCCCAUUGAUCCCACUUCGCAUGCCGAAUACCUGCUGAUCGAGUUUUAUGCGGAUGAGUUUUGCCGCUCCAUAACCUUUUUUCUCCAGGACACGGUGAAGGUGUGGGGAGUGAUGGCUGUUGUGGCUGCAAUGCCUCAUAUCUUCAAGCCAUAUAUACAUCUCCGGCGAUGGGAUAAGUUUCUGUGGUGCCAAAAGUUCUGUUGUCUCUUGCUCGAACGAGGACUUCACAUGGCUGGCUCUAUCGCUGGGGCGUGGUGGAAAACUUGGUCCCUAGCGGAAGACCCCGUCGUGAACUCCAUGCUUAGUUUGUCUUUGAGAUACGGGUUGUCGCGAGAAGUUCGCAGAUCAUCGAAUGGCGAUACGACGGAGGUGACGGAGGUGACGGAAGAAGAGCCAAUAGUGACCGAACUCUCGGAGAUCAAACGUGCGUCAGUCGAGGACAAUCAUCUGCCGAGGAGACCAAAAGAUACCCGAGCUGUAACCGAACCACCAUCUUAUCGAAAACGAAUUUACGAUGAAUAG